GCAAAAUCUCAAAUAUUAUCCAGUGUAUUGGAUGUUGCUCAUCAGUUUAUAAGGGAAGUUAAUCCAGGUGAACCCAAGGAGGAGAAUAAUUCUACAAAAGAAAUUAGUGAAAAUCACUCCAAAUCGAAAUCUUCACCUCUGCAGGAGAGCAGCUCUGAGGUAGUAUUUACAACAUCAAAAAAAACAGAAUCUGCAAAUCAAAAAGAUGGGCUCCUUUGUGAAGGAUCAUUCAACGAAGAAGCUUCUGCCAGGUCCUUUCAGGAAGUUUUACAACAAUGGAGAACUGGAAAUCAUAAUGCCAAUGAGAAGCAGAAUUUACAUGCAACAAAACCAGAUUCAAUGGAAGCAUGUGAAGUGCAGACUAACUUGAAAAUUUGGAGAGAACCACUUGAGAUUCAAUUUAAGGAAGACAGUCUAUCCUAUAUGGACAAAUUAUGGCUUAAAAAACACAAAAGAAAUCUACAAGGCCAACUUCUUAACAUGCAACAAGAUAAAUUCAUACAUUCAAGUAAAACCACUAGUGACACACAGCUUUCUCCAAAUGGAAGUGAUGAAGAAAGUAAUGUUGAAGAGACUAAAGUACAACACCCAGCUCUUUUCCUGAAAGCAGAAGAAUUAAAAAUAGAGAGAUUUGAACCAGCUCUAAAGAUAGUAGAACUGGAUGAUACUUAUGAAGAGGAAUUUGAAGAACGGGGAAAUGUUGUGCCUUACAAGGUUGAAUUAGCUGAUGCAGACAGUAAACAAAGUUGGACAUUUCAUGAAUAUCAAAAGAAUAAUUUUCUAUAUGAAAAUGAUGUCCAUCGACAUUAUGUUUUUGCUAAGAGAAGAACUGGCCUCUUAAAUAUUUGUGUGACCAACAGCUCUUCAUGUUAUAAAGAGAACUCAACAGCUGGAAUUUCAAAUAUGGAUUUUGACAACAUGGCUGAUCUACAUGUUUAUUCUACUGCCACUGAAAAAGUAGAGGAAAAAAGCUUUUGUGAAAAAAAUUUAACAGAGGAAAGUAUAGCUAACCACAAAUCUGCUGAUUCUAGUACACCAUUUGAGAGCAAGGAUUCUUUGCCAAGUGUAGAUUUAGAAGAACCUUCUGUUAAGGAGAAAUUAUACCAAGGCAUCAGAGGAUCCUUGGACUUUAGCAAUCUGCAUGAGAGGCCAAACUUACAAGAUUCAAAAACUACCCAGUCACCACUGUUGUUACAAGAAAUAGCCCUCAGAAGAAAGCCUAUUACUGAACAUUAUCAAGGACUUGAGAAAUUCUUUUUUUCUGAUGAAAAUAGAAGACUGAACUUACUUCCUUCUCAUAGCUUAGAAGGCAGCUCUUCCAGUACUAAGAUUACACUUGCAGGAGACAGAGAAUGGAUCCCAGACCAUAGCUUAAGUGCACAUGCUGAUAAUGCAGUUGCCUUGGAUGUUCUAUGUGGUGCCCAGAAUCUAUCACCAAGUAGAAAACAGCAAACAGUGGGUAAGACAUCACAGAGACCUUCAACAGCAAAUUUACCAUUUUCCAACUCUGUUAAAAAAAGCUCCAGCUGCCUUUCUUCCUCCCAUUUGCGACCAAGAAGUGUCACUACUAGAUUAUUAUCUAGAGCUGCUUUUGAAAUUUCAGAAAUUGAAUAUAUUGAUGUUACCAACCACAAUGAGCCUUUCUUAGACAAUAUUGCUGAUCAACAAACCUUAGACAGUUUGGAAAAAGAAUUAAAUGAGCUGAGAAAUCUUGCAGAUCCUUCAGAAAAACUUUACAGCCUAACCUCAGAAGAGUUACCAGCAUUCAACAGCCAUUUACAGAAUAUGAGUGAUACUACUGUGGAUUUCCUUAAGACCUCAAACUCCAGGGGCCCCUGUGGAUUUCAGCAACAGAGUUCUUCUGGAAAAGAUACUGAAAUUCCAUUUUGGCUGACACCUUCUGAGAGCACUACAGAUGAGGAUGAAGAGGAUUUCAUGGACAAGCAACAUGUCAUUACACUGCCGUGGUCAAAUAACAUUUAA